AGCUGAAAGUUGUUGUGAUAAGCAGGUCCAGUAAAACAUGGAAACAGACACCGCCUUAUCCUGUACUCCAGUUGAGAGUAAAUCAGGCUUUGUUCUUGGAAAUGUAGAUGAAGUCGUGGAGAGAAUCUUAACAUUUGUGCCAACUAAAGCGCUCUUCCGGAUAGCAAGUGUGUGUAGGCUAUGGAGGAACUGUGCACGCAGAGUCCUGAGAAUGCAACAGAAAAUGACAUGGUUGUCAGCUGCUGGCUUAUCCAGAUAUGAAGAACACAUUCUACUCAAAACUAUGGAAGAGGGUUUGGAGGAAAUCUUCCUGCUGCCCCAAACAGCUUUGUUAAUGGUGGACAGUGACAACUUCAGUGGACAUUGUCAUUCUUAUAGACACAAAAAAGCAAGGAAGUGCCAUCCUGAGGAGGAGUCAGAUGCUGUGGGCAGACUAAGACGCUUGUUACCCAGCUCCUGUGAUAUCUUAUGCGUCAUCACUCCAGGGAUUGUGUUAACACCUACAGGAUUGCCUUGUGGUUCCCCUAAGGAGUUUAUGAAAGGCGAGGCUGGAUUCAGCCUUCUUUUUUCUAGUGUAGAGGGGGUUCACAUCAGACCGUUUCACUUCUGCAAAAAGAGUCUCAGCAAAAGUACUUUAAAGGAAGCAGGCUUGGUUGAAAACCCUGACCUGAAGGUGGUGUUGCUGUUUGGCUAUGAUGCAUACAAACAUGGAGCUGCUCAUUUCCUCAACCAGUUGUUGGAGCCCCUUGCUAACAGUAAUGUGCUCAUUGCUGGUGGCCAUGUAGACCGUGCUUUCCCCCAGCACAGAGACUGCUGUUCUUCUGGGUCAUAUGGAGUGGUGGGUCUUACCCUAAGUGGUGCCAGAAUUCAGGGUGCCUCAGUGCUGCUGGACCAGGAUGUCAGCACCCCUGAAGCAGCUGAAGUCACCAUCAGUCGGCUUAAAGCAGUCAACAUACCUGAGAGGAAUACAGUAGGGUUCAUGUUUGCAUGUGUGGCACGGGGACACAACCACUAUAACAACCAGCACAAUGUGGAGGCUGACAUUUUUCACAAGAUCUUUCCCAGUGUACCUCUCUUUGGAUUCUUUGGAAAUGGCGAGAUCGGCUGUGACCGUGUUGUUAAAGAAAAAUUCACAUUAAGUCAGACAGAUGCAAAUGAACUACAGCAUGGUUACACAACUGUUAUGAGUCUGGUGCACUUAGGAUAAUGCACUCCAUGGUAAAGCUGGUAUGGUACUGGAUGUAUACUUGAAUGAUAACUAAAAAGUUGAUCUGAAGUUAUCUAAAAAUAUUUGCAUGCAUACAGUGAUGAAAAACAACUCUUCAGCCACUUUUAUAUUUGUUUAACAUACCUUUAGUGCAAAUAUCUCUUUCAAAUAUACAGUUUCUCCUGACUAAAUACGUUUUGUCCUACUCAGGAUUUCCAACAUGUUUAUUCAUAUUUAUUAGUGCUUACACACCUCAGAUAAGUUUAGCUUGAAGUGUAUUGUUUUCUGUCUGACUAUUGUUUCUGUUGCUGUACCUUCAUUAUUGCUCAUCUGAGAGCAUGUUGCGAAGUCUUGUGUCGACAAUUACCUGUGGUUCCAAUAACUUUCACUUGCUCAGUAUGAACCAAUUUAACUUACGGGGACGUUUAAAUAUUUGCUAUGGCUGUUUGUUUGUUAAGUGUUUUUUUUUUUUUUAUCCAUGAUUACUUUAGGAAGCUCCUUCACCAUAAUUGCUACUAUGUCUAAAUACUUCUCUUUUCAUUUUUGUGCAUUAAUUUAGAGUGGACAUGUACUACACAUUACAUUACCAAAAAGUGGUAAAUAUUCGUUUCCCCUCUACUGUAUGUUUUUAAUUUACAAAAAAUAGUUUCUUGUUUUACUGUGGGAUGGGACAAACCAGCUAAUGUAAAUUUGGUUGUACCAAAUGUAAUGUGCUUUUUUUUCCUUCUACAGGAUGUUACUUAAUGGUGUGUACUUAGACGUUCUGCUGUUGUAUUGCUAUUGCUAGUAAAACAACAUAAAACAAUGUUCAUUUCAGAAA